AUGAAGUUGUCAACCGCAGUCCUGGUGGCAGCGAGCGCAUCCGCACCCGUCGCCGCGUUGCAGGGCUUUGGCCAACAGUCGACCGGAUACUUCCCCUACUGCGCCACGGCAUGUAACCGGGCUCUGGGAUCCAACUAUCUCUCAUGUUCCUUCGAUGGCUACGUCCCCGGCGGCAUGAUGGACAGCGACUCGGCCUCGGCCACGCCCGCGUGUCGCGCGGGCAACAUGCCGUUCCUCUCCUCGCUGGCGUACUGCAUCAGCACCCACUGCAGCUACGACAUGGGCGUCAUCGAGACCUGGUGGGCGGCCAAGAGCACCGGGUCUGGCGGCGUCUUUGAGCCACCCAGGUGGUCCUACCAGGAGGCUCUGAUGAACGUUACGGCCGCGCCAACCCACGUCCUCACGGCCAAGGACAACUUGACAUCGGCCAUGCUUGCCAACGAGACCAACUACCGCAACCAAUACGGCACGCUGUUCAUGGUGGACCGCGAGGAGUUUCUGCAUGAGAAAUACGGACUUGUCCUCCUUAUGGUGGGCUUCGGCAUCCCCCUGCUCGCCACAUGGCUAAGCUACCUGCCCUUUAUGAAUCCUCUCAUCCACAAGCUCAAGCCCUAUGCCGUCUGGCCCAGCACCAUCGGAUCCUACCAGGUCCGGCCGCUCCCCUACCUAGGCGGAACCGCCCUGACAAGAGGCCAAGCACUGUACGUGGCCGUCAUGGCCAUCCUCACCGUUGUAUUCAUGGCGGUGCACUAUGAAUCAUACCAGCCAAACCUGUGGUACCCGGGCCAGAGCGUCGAGCUCAUGGCGUACGUUGUGUGGCGCACCGGCUGCUACUCUCUCGCCCUGCUACCCGUCGUGCUUCUCUUCGCUGCCAGGAACAACACGCUGCUGUGGCUGACCAACUGGUCACACGAGACAUACAUUCUUCUUCAUCGCUGGGUAGCUCGAAUCUUUGCCUUGCUCGUCAUCAUCCACUCUAUCCUCUCCAUCGCCUACUAUGUAAAAGAUGGCAACUACGGUUCCAGUUUCAGCGAGGCAUGGUGGGUUUGGGGAAGCGUCGGAACCGUCGCUGUCAGUGCCAUGUUGAUCACCGCAACUCCGUGGGUGCGCCGUUAUUCAUACGAGUUCUUCUUGCUGUCGCACAUCGUGUUAGCCGUCUUUGUCCUUGCAGGCACGUGGUAUCACCUCCUGUACCUCUAUAUGAAUAUGUCGGGCUAUGAGCAGUGGCUGUAUGUUGCCUUUGGUGUCUGGGGCCUCGACCGCCUCUUCCGCGUCCUCCGUGUCCUGAAAAAUGGCGUUCAGCGUGCACGCAUCAUCGAUAUUGGCGGUGAUAUAGUCCGCGUAGACAUCGAGAGCAUUUGCUGGGGAUUCACGCCGGGGAAAGUCGUGUAUGCCUUCUUCCCGACGUUGCAGCCGCUCCGCCCGUGGGAAAAUCACCCCUUUUCCGUGCUCCCAACCGCCAUGCUGGAACGCUCCAAUGCCGUCGCUCCGGCACUGGACAAAGACUCCAGAUCCUCUCUUGGUUCCGGUACCCGAAAUGACGUCGAGAAGAAUGUAAUUAGCCAGCAAAUUCCUACGAAGCAAAUUGCCACCGCGGCGGAGCACCAGCCGACAGCAGGCAUCACUUUCUUCAUUCGCAAGUCAAGGGGCUUCACCAAGCAACUCACUGCCGGCACCAAUAUCUUAGUGCUCCUAGACGGGCCUUAUCCUGGCAACCCGACCGCUCCCAUCUUGCAAUGUGACCGCGUGUUGCUUAUCUGUGGUGGAAUUGGCAUCACAGCCAUCCUGCCUUGGAUCGACAGCCACCCGAAUGUGAAGCUUGCGUGGAGCGUGAGGGAGUACGCCUCGCCGCUGGUCGAUUCAGUAAGCAAGGUUCUGGACAGGGUCAUCGAAAAGGACGUGAGGAUCGGCCACCGUCUGGAUAUCGAGGAGCUGCUUGCGGAGGACGCGCAAGCCGGGUGGAAGCGUAUCGGAGUGGUGGUGUGCGGACCCGACGGAAUGUGUGACGAUACGAGAGCGUUGGUCACGGCGGCGGCGAAGCGUGGAGAUGCUCAGUUUGAGCUGGAGGUGCAUGCUUAUAGCUGGUAG